GGGGUGUGUUCCAACAUAUGUGCAAUUAUCUGUUUUUAACCAAUAAAAUUUUAGAUUAUUGAGAAUAAUGUUCAUCCCUUUGUUGAAAAAACAGCUUUAACUUUAAAACUGACAUGUCAAUAAUCAAUAUGGUAACCUCUGUUUUUAUCUUUGACAGGAGAAAUUAAACACUAUUUUAAUAGAAAACAUUAAUAACAAUUAUUUUUUAUUCCACGUUAACUGUGUUUCAAAGUGUUCAUAAUAUAUAAUAUUAAAACAAAGUGAUACAUUAUUAAGAUGGCAAAUAUAAUUCCUCCACUUGUUAGCGAAACUCCACCACCACCCCCGUCAGACGAUGAAGAUGACGACGAAUUUGAUGAUUUCAGAGGGUCUAAUGAUAUAUCAUAUGGCUGUGACAGUUUUUCUCUAUCUUCUCCGGAACAGUCCCCUAAGAAAUUGCAUAAAGAAGUUUUAAAUAGCAAAGAUGAACCUGUUUUAUAUUUAGAAUCAGAAAAAAACGAUAUAGAUAACUCAAAGGAAACCUUGCAAGCUAAUGAUCUUGAAAGAAGUAAAGAUAAAGACGAAAAUUUAGUUAUAUCAACAGAUUCGUUAAAGGAAGACAUUACUGAAUCAACCAAUGAAAGUUCUGGUUCGAAAAGUAAAGAAUCUGAUGACUUUUUUAGUAAAAAUAAUUAUGUUAAUCAAGAAUUAGGAAAUAAUAUUACAGAAGACAUUCCAGGUCAAUUGAUUAUUGAAAAUAACUCAAGUCAUGAAAGCAAAAUUUGUGAUAAUAGUGAUAAACCAAUAAAAAACAAUCCUGAUAUAUCAAAUGAGGAUACUAAUGAACUGAAUACAUCAAAUGGUUGUUCUUUGGAAGACGCUGAUAGUAUAAAAAAAAUUACUAGUUUCUCAGACUACAGCUCAGGUACUACUUGGUCUGCGGAUUUUAUUAGUAGUGACAAUUACGAAAGUAACUUAGAAUCAGAAUUUUCUAUAUCCAGUGACAAUGCCAACUUGAAAUCAGUGAAUAAGGAUGAAGAGUUUUCAGACUUUUCAAAAGACGUUAAUACAGACGAUUUGGAAAAAUUAUCUUCAACGAUUAACAAAAAUAUUGAAACAGAAGAUUUAGAAACUAUUAGUAAAUCAACACAUUCCAAAAAUAUACGUAACACUGAAAAAACUGAUCUAGUCAAAGAUAAAAAUCUUCAAAACGAUUCACAAAAUAAUUUUAACCAUAAUGGCGAUAAUACUGAUUUUAAAAUUGACAGCGAAGAUGAGGACUUUGGAACAUUUGCUUCACAAACCAUAUUUGACAGUUCGCCGAAAUUUGCAGAAAAUGAAGUGGAACACAUAAAUGCUGCAUUAACUAGGAUAAAGGAAACUAAAUAUUUAGAAACUGAAGAUAAAUCUUUUGUUCAGUCUCAAAAUUGUUCACCUGAUGAUGAUUUAUCUGAAGCAUCUAAAUAUGUUGAACACACGGAUUAUAAAUCUGAAACUAACACACAGAAAGAUACUAGUUCGGAAAUAUUUCAAGGUUUUCCAGUAUUUGGAGCUCAUGAUGUAAUUAUGGCAUGUGAAUUCGGCGAUUUUGAAAAUUUUACAUCUGUCACUGAGGGUUCAACAGAACAGCAGAAGCAAGAUGUAAAGGAAGAUGAGACUUCAGAAUUUGGUGUUUUUACGUCAAGUGCAUCACAGGAAGAUAACGAUUUUGGAGAUUUUGGUAAUUUUACGUCACAAGCACCUCCAUCCACAAGUAAAGAAGAAAGUUCUACAGGUGUAGGAGAUGACGAUGAUUUUGAUGACUUCGCCUCAUUUCCUGCAACAACUGAUCCUAAAGGAGUAAAUCCUGAUGUUCCUGAUGAUGGUUUUGGAGACUUCGGUAAUUUCACGACGUCUACUUCUGAUCUGAAGCCAGAUAAUCAAUCACUAGAAGACGCAUUGCCUGUUCUUGAUGUAAAAGAAGUUUUCAAAAAAACUGAGGAGGUGGUGAAAGAUAUAUUUGUUCUUCCUGAAGAAGAACAGGAAGAUUUUAUCUAUUUUGAACUAGGGAAAGAUGAUUUUAUUUUCAAGCAAAUACAGGAUAUAACGGAUUCACCUGCUUUGACAUACCACUGGUCAAAAUCUUCAAGUCAGAAGUAUUUGCUCAAUAGCUUAAACAUUGAUGCUAGAAAUAUACUCCAUGGGCACAACUGGAACCCAUCAGUUCCAAAAUUCGCCGCGAAUUUGGGCGUUCAACCAUUGGAACCUAUUAAGAUGGAAUCUCUGACACCAUCGCCAUCUAAACCAACCCCUCCGGCUCCUCAAAUCAGCUCGCAAUCUUCUCAAGAGGCUCAAGAUGUACCAAGUGCGCAGUUCGACUGGACAAAUUCUGGAUUGGUGAAUCCACUCGACUAUUCAUCUAAUGAACCACCCACUCAACCUGUGAAACCGAAAGCCGCCAAAUCCAUCUCACCAAGCGUGGAGUUUGAAGAGUUCACCUCAUUCCAGUCUUCAAAAUCGUCGGAACAACCUCAGAUUCCCUCUUGGCCUAGUGUACCCUUAAGAGAAACAUACAUAUCUGAUGUUACACAAUCCCAUAUCGAUGUAGACGUAUGCCUACAACCUACCAUAGUAACUCCCGAAUUGCCUAGAAAAGGAAUCUCUGAAGACUACUCAGUGUUUAAUGAAACAAACCUAGCAGUUAAAGAUAUUGUUGAAAAGCAUGUCGAUGAUGUAGAAUUUGAUGAUUUUCAGAGUUUUCCCGAUAACGUUGAACAUAGUAGUAAUAAAAUAGAUGCAGAUCAAGUUCCUGAAAAAAAAUUGUCUGGCGACAGCAUUCAUGACAAAAGCAUUUUACAAUUAACACCUAUAUCAACAGGCAGUAAAACCAACGAUGAGACGAUAACACAGUUUGAUGCAUUUGUCGAUAAAAAUACUUUCGAUAAUACAGUAGAGUUUUCAAAACCAUCAAUUCCAGAAAUCACGAAUAUUUUUCCAGAAAUGCCAAGUAAUCCUGUACAAGAGCCUGUAAAAACACUUGAGUUACAACCAAAAACUUCAGGCGAUAACAAUGAAGGUGACGACGAUUUUACAGAGUUCCAUUCAUCAGUACCUUUACCCCAGCUGCAAGCUACACCAAUGCCAACCAUCUUGGAGCCUUUGAAGCCUGUGCCGGUCUACUCGAAUGCUCCUUCAUCUCAGAUUAACUGGCCGGAUCCAGGUGUUACCGAUGAUGAAAUCAGGAGGUUUGAAGAAGUUUUUUCGGUUCCACUAAACCAGGUAAACGAAGAGAAGCUUAGUUUCGAAAAUAAACAAGAGAAACCGAAGAAAGACAAACCGAGCGAAGUGAAAGUUAAUAAUAAUUUUAGUACGGUUCACACAAAGAAGCCUGAAAUAAAAGAAAAUGCAAGGACUGACUUCCCACUUUGGGAUACUUCUCCGGAAAAGAAACCUUAUAGGAAGCAGGAGUUCAAACCAGAACCCAAAAAGAUUGAAGCUAAACCGAAUCCUAUUGAAGAUGACGAAUGGUCAGAUUUCGUGUCUGUGCAAAAACCCUCCCCAAUUCACAAAGCAAAAUUCUCAGACCGAAAUCAAACAUCUAGUCCCGAUUUACCUCUAUCUGUUCUGAAUUUAGGGAGCAUACAACCGGCUAAACAGCCUAUUCCUGUUAUUACACCCCGAGGAUUGGUUCAAACCAAACUAUCAACUAAUAUGAACCCCGUGAAUCAACAAAAAUCUAACUUGAUACAUCCUAAGCCUUCUUAUGGCCAACCUGUAUUACAACCUUCUAUUAUAAGCAACCAGUUUGCUUCUCAGGCUUAUAACGUGGGUAUGAACGCCCCGCAACCUUAUAAUUUUAUAUCAAACAUGUCCCAAUCUUCUACUAGUAGCGGCACUCAAAAAUCUAGUCAUACAAUCACAAACAUAAUGGCUAAUGGCCAAGAAGACGACGAAUGGGGUGAAUUUGUAUCGAGCCCCUUACCACCACAGCUUCAAAACUCAUCUACCACUGUUGGACAUAGCUGGAACCAAUUCGUAUCUAACCCAGUGCGACUGAACAAUCCGAUGACAGGUAUACGAGACCACAGAAGGUCAAACAGCUCAGGAGGACAGAAAAAAGGUAGCCACGUUCCAGGAAUGGUAUUGCCAGAUUUGGAUUUCAAGGCUCUCAAAGAGCGCUCUAGUGUUACUAGGAAGAAAUGACCAAGGAAUCAGGUCGUACUCUAAGGUUGUAUAUUUGUACAGAUAAAAUUUUAUAGUACUGAAAUCACCGAAGUUUUUACCUUUCAGAAAGUAGAAUGUUUAUAUAAUAGAUAUGUUUAAUUUUAAAUUAUUUUCUUGAAAACUAAAAAGUUUAUAAUACCACUAAAAAGUCACGCAUAAUCAAACAAUUUCAAUAGACCAUUGAACGUACUAAUAAGUGAUAAAUAAUAUAGUUAAUGUAGUUAAAAGCUGCAGUUAGCUACUUAUUUAUUUUAAGAACGUUGUGACAACUAAAACCGAGUGUAUAGAGUUUUCAAGUUGUUUACUAUAUUGGUAAGAAAAUUGUUUGUCGGUAAGUCAAUUCUAUUAGAAUUCUCUGUGAAAAAAGAAUAAUAGCAAAAAAAGAAUGAUGGCAAAAUAGUGUAGUCACUGAAGGUGACUAUUAUAUGAGCUAUUAUCUCCGAUUUCGUUCAACCUCCAUCGAUUUGCAUGAAAAUUGGUGAGUCGUUAGAGGAUAUCUCAAGAAACAAAGGUGACAUGGUGCCAACUUGCGCUUUUACCCUGGGGGUGGAUGCCACCCCUUCUCGGGGUGACAAUUAUUUUAUUAAAAAUAACCCCAUAAUUUGAUAGAAGGACAAAUUCUAAGCAAAAUUUGUUAUAUAAAGUUAUUAAAAUAAAUCAAAACUUUUUGAGCUUUUAAAGAUCAAAAAUUUUUAUUUUUCGUAAGAAAAAUGCAUGUUUUUAACCGAUUUUUCAUAGAUAACUCAAAAACUCUAAGUUUUUGCAAAAAAGUUAUUAUUACCAAAAUUGAAGCUAAUAAAAAAUUAAAUAAAUUCCUUACUAAAAAAACCUUUUAUUAUUAACUAAAAGUGGUAAUUUAAUGCAUAUUUUUUUCGGCAAGUACCCAAAUCUAAGUAUUCAAGCUUAAAUUACGGGAAAAUGAUCCAUUUUAUACUUAUUAAACAUUUGUGAAAGUACUUAGAAAUAUCUAUCAAAUGAGAUACCGAACAAGUUAAUAGCAUUAAAAUUUAUGUUCCAAAAAUUUUUCAAACUUUAUCUUUUAAAAAUUUUUCCAAAAAAUGUUAUCUUUUUUUUAAAUAUUUUAAAACUCGUUAAACAUAAUCUUUCAAACCCCUUACUUUUUUAAAACUCAAAGAUUAAAUGGCCACUGUUACAUGGUUCUCGUAGCAAAAUUUAAGCUUUAAACGUUUCUAUCUCGGUUAUUUUUCACCCUACAGAAAUGGUAAAAAAGGUAUGAUAUUUGGUACAGAAAAAACUAAAAGUUUGUUAUUUACAAUUUUUUACGUAUAUUGAGUAUUUUUAUAGUUAUUAUCAAAAGAAAAUGAAAAUGACGAUAAUUUUAAAAAUUCUGAUUUUUUAAAAUUAUAUCGUUUAAAAUCGUUUAUUCAUUACUUAUGCUAAUACAAAUAAUUUUUUUUAAGGAUUACUAUAAAUUUUAAUUUUUGUGGAAAUGGCGUAUGUUUUAUUUUUCACUUUUUCGUAAAAAAUUCGAAAGGGUUCUCUUAGUUUCAUCAUAACUUGCUUAAUUUUGAUGCUAUUAACUUCUUCUGGAGCUCAUUUGUUAGGUAUUCUGACUGAAGUACUUUGAUAAGUGUUUAACAAGUAUAUUUUAUAAAAUGCAUCGUUUUCCCGUUAUUUAAUCUUGAAUACUUAGAUUUGAGUACUCAUCGAAAAAAAUAUACAUUCAAUUACCUAUAACUCGCUUUGAAUUAACAUUAAUUUAGUACUUUGAGUGAAUAGUGUAUUCAAUUUUUUAUUGUCUUCAAUUUUGGUAAGAAUAACUUUUUUGUAAAAGCUAAUAUUUUUUGAGUUAUAAGUGAAAAACAGCUUUAAAACGUGCAUUUUUCUACGAAAAAAUAAAAUCUUUGAUCUUUAAUAACUCAAAAAGUAUUGAUUUACGUUAAUAACUUAAUAUAACAAAUUUUGCUUAGAAAAAAAGACCCAAAAAACGAUGGUACGAGAGCUGGAGCUCCGGAUCGCAGCAGAGACUGUAACAGAAGAAACAGGACAUAGUCCUAUUACAAGAAAAAGAAGAAGAAAAUGAAUCAUGACGUUUGGGCAAAGAUAAAAUGGAACCACUAUAUAAGUAAAACCUUCCACUAGCGAUCACUCUCGGGGAAUCACAAUCUGGCCGCUAAAGAGGAGUGGUCGUUUAAGAGAGAACAUAGGAAAAUUAAAGCAACUGAGCUGCAUUUUACGUUUUUUAUUUACAUAUUAAAUAUAAUUUUAAUUAUUUCUAAUUUCAAUUUAUCAGAAACAUAAAUAAACAUAAUGACAUCAAUUUAAGAAUAGUUGUAUACUUUUUUGAAAACUGUAUAGUAAAAUUUUAAUUUUUUAAAAUAAUUGCAAAGUAAUGAUUGGUUCAUACUUUUUAAUUUAUUAAAAAAAAUCAGAUUCACAUUCUAUUAAAAGUUUAGGAAUAUUUGUGGAAAUGUUAAUUGUCAAUUCAAAUCCAUUGAUAAAUUUUAAGAUUUUUAAACUGUUGUCAGAACGUUUCGUCAUAGAUUAUGUGAUCCUUAUAUUUGUCUGAUUUAUUUACUCAUAUAUUUAUAUUUAUCUCUAUUUAUUAAAAAUUGUUCUGUUUUAUCAAUUGACAUGAAAAUUUCGGUGAUUUCUCACAUAGUUACUUCACUGAAGGUGUACAUUUUUUGUCAAAAUUGUAAAUUAUUCUAAUAUAUCGAAAAAAAAUGUGCUAAACGCGUAUGGGUUAUAUACGUUUUAAUUUGUACUUAAAGGACAUAGUACCGAAAUAAAUGUGUUUAAUAAUUGAAUCUGUAGUUCCGAGAAUGUGAAUGUAGAAGUUGUUUUCAUUCAUAUGAUGUAACUUUCUUAACUAUUUCGCAUAAUUUUACAUUUACUACACCAUUUUUUAUAUAUUCAACUUUGUAUUAUAUAUUCUUAAAUUAUUAUGUAGACUGAAACAUAAAGAGUGUUUAGUUAUGAUUGUGUUUAAUUAUUAGAAGAUUAUUGUUAUAGAAUACAUAUACCAUUUAAUAAACAAAUAUUGUUACAUCGAUUUUUGAUAUUCGGUACUAUGUCCACACUCUUUUCUACUUUCAGGUAAAAUCAUUAUGGAUAUUUUGCAAUCUUUGCAUUGAACCCUUUUUAAUAUUUAUUUUACUAUAGGGAUAAUGUUACAUUUUUUACAGUUUUAGAGGCAUUAAAACAUGUUUUAUAUUUUAAAAAUUCGAGAUUAUAGAUCAGUACAAUUUUAUUUUUUAAAUUAUUUAAAAUUUUAUUAGAAAUUAUUCCCACAUUACUUAGAAAAUUAAAGUAUAUUUUUUCUAAUUAUUGUAUUAGUAGAACCCCAACUAUCCGUGCUCCAUGGGAGUGAACGUGGCAAGGAUAAUCCGAACAUUUAUUUCUCAUCUAUGGUACAUAUGUACACACAUACAUAUGUACCUGCCAUAAAAAGAUUACAGAAAAAAAAAGAAUGUGUGCGUACUUUGUACGCACGUAAGAAGUUAUACUUGUCUUAUAUAAUUUCAACGAAAUAAAUAUACUUAACAGUUACAAUACCAAAAAUUAACAAUAAUUACCAAAAAUUAACCAAAACUUAACAAUAUCAAAAAUUAAAAAAAAAAUGAAUCGUCCGGGAUUGGAACCCGCGAUCUCUCGAUCUCUGGUCCAAUGCUAUACCAACCGAGCUAUCAAGCCCCGUGCUAUUGACGUGUCGGAUACAAUUACACAUCACGGCGACAAAUAGAUCAAAGUGAAGUAUAAAAAUAGAUAUUUUAUCGUACGCCCGAGGAAGACAAAUCCAAAGACACAAAAAUUAUAAUAAAUAAUACAUUUACUAAGAACAAUAAUAUAUUCUUUUAAUGACUUAUUUGCGCUGAUACAUACAUAAUUUGAAAGAUUAGCAACGAACUACAUACUGUCUGUCUGCGCAUGCGCCAGGCAAUUAUAAAAUUUCACCCUCGAUCGUAAAGAAGUAUAACUUCAAUAAAUCUUAUAAGUUCGAACUAACUCCCAGUUCAAUAUUCUGGCCUAUUCUACGUAAGUUUAAAAUAUCGUCAAGGUCCGAAGGUUCUCGUUGUUCAAGUCUUAUAGAAUAUUGUCAUCUUCCUGAUUAGCUACUCGUUUGAUUGAUACCGUCCCAUCAUUUUCUUCGUCUUGACUCUUCAAAUGGUUCUUUGAUUUUUAAGUGUUCAUGAAAAAUGCUUGAUUAGCACACAUUGGCCCAGAGAUCGUUACGCCCUCCGAUAUUUUCUUCAGAAACCAGUUGGUUGGAAAGUGCUUCAGCGAGUUGUUAAAAAGUCGAUCCUUUCAAUGAUUUACGUGCAGUUAUGUUUUUAAGAAUCAGACUGACAUAAGAAAUUGUGUAGAUUUAUUUUGUAUUUAUUGAUACGGCGUAUUGUUUGCUUGCCAACUUCAUAGAUUCGUGACAAUGAUCCAAGACAUUGACCCUUGUCACUUGUGUUUAAAAUCCCUAGUUUUUGUUCAAUCAUUAAAAUAUUUAUUUGCGUUUACAUUACUUACUGCCAUUUGGAAACAUCUUUUAAGAAUAUAUGAGAGUAGCGGCUCUUUUCUCAGCCACAGGUGACAAGUGAAUGAUUUCCAGGGAUUCACCGAGCACUGUUGCUAUCGAUAUUGCAUUAUGUGUCUCCCUCACGCGCUAUAGAGUUUCCGUCGAGUGUUUUACAGUGACGCUAUUUAGAUAAAACCUCAAAAAUUCAAUUUGAGUAAUGGAAAAUCAUAGGAUGGAUAUUUCGUAGCCAGGAUAAUCCACUCACGGAUAAUCGGGGUUCUAUUAUUAGAGCAACGAGAACCUUCAGACCUUGUCGAUAUCUUGAAGUUGUGAAGAAUAAGUCAAAAAAUUGAAUUGUGAAUUAGUUUGAACUUAUGAGAUUUAUUUUUUCUGUUUUCUUUUUAUGGUAGGUAAAUAUGUAUAUGUGUACCGGGUGUCCCAAUAAGAAUGCCUCUUGGCCAUAUCUCAGAAACUGUUUAUAGUACAGCUUUGAGAAAAAAAUAUUUAUAACAAAAGUUGCCUCGGGAAAAGCCUGAAAAUUAUUUUCAUAAUUGUAGGUCCACCGAUAGAGGGCGUAAUUGAAUAUCAAAAAUUAAAAAAUCAAACAGUUCCCUAAUCACAGGACACUGGAAAUCCAAUCAUCGUAUUCUUCCUAAAAUUCUGCGCAUAUUUGAUUUCACAAGUUUAAGUCUACCUUUGCAAAUAAGAGGUGGGGGUGAGUGGGAACCUUCUUAUGAAAAAAUGGCUGUAAGUCCGGUUCUGCUAAAUCGAAUGUUGCAUACUUGGUUUUGUUGAAAACAGCUCUUUAUCUUCAAUGUAAGUGUGUUAUUUUUGAAAUAGCCGAAUAAGUAAUAAGCAAGCUAGGAGGCGUUAUUUAAUUAUUUUCAGAAAUCUAGUUUUCUUUGGAAAAUAUUAAAUACAAGUAUGAAUUUUUAAUCUUGUAUUAAAAAAUUAGACCAAAUUAGCAACAUAAUACCGAAAACCGCAUGUCGAUACCUUUUUUCUAUCUCGAGAUAUCUUAAAUGUGUACAUUUUAAACAUAACUGUUAGUGUCACUGGUAAACGAGCUUAAGGAAAAAUAGAGUGCUAUGGAAAAAACAAAUAAACAUUUUUCAGAUGUUAACGUAUAUAAUUAAUUAAAACAACAAUAAGACUAACAGCACUAUAAAAUAUAACAAAGAAAUAAAAACAACUUCUUACUUAGUCUUAGUGACUGCCUAAAUGUUCAAAUUGUUGCCCAUCAUUUUCGAUGCAAGCAUUUACUCUUUCAAGAGUAGAUUGAAUAGCAACAGAUUUAACUGUUUCAGACUUUUAUUUACGGGGACGGAUUAAAGACCUUGUUUUUGCCGUUAGGUCCACUACUCGAGAAAACAUGAUCUAGAACCUAGAGAAUACGAAAGCCAUUCAAAGCAUUGCGAAAGCAGAAAUUGAGACUGCUGUUCAAUCUACUCUUGAAAGAGUAAAUGAUGACGGGCAACAAUUUGAACAUUUAGGUCGUCACUAAGUAAGUAACGUUUGUCUAAUUUACUUACCGUUGCACGUCAUUAUCUAUGUCAGAGAUCUAAGUUGACAUUGUUGCCAAAGUAUAAAAAAAUCCUGAAUCCAUUUUAAAUCAAAUAGAUCACAUAAUUAUUGCAAACUUUAAUUAUACAACAAAACAAAUUAAUAUUCAAUGUAAAUAAAUAAAAACAUUAGAAAUAGAAAACUAGAAUUAAGUUAUAAUCUUACCUUAAAGUAAAUAAUAAAAACAAUAAAUAUAAUAAAACAAAUACUUAGAGUAAAGAAUAAAAACAAAUCUAAAGUGUCAAUACCGCAACUGUCAAAUAAAUGUUACCAAUUUAUGCCAAAAUGUCACCUUCGUUCGACUACAGUUACAGUGUGUUCCAAACAAAUGUGCUUCAUAAAAACGCUUUAUAAUCCAUUUAUGCAAAUUAAACGAAAUAUAUUAUUGUGUAUUUCUUUAAGUUAAAAUUAAUAGAAAUCUUCAAAUAUUAUUUCUACGCGUAUAUAAUAAAAUAUGUCUAGUGGCUGUAAUUCCAGUGUACGCAAAACGAUUCUAAAAAAGAACACACCUACCGCCUAAAUAUUUCGUGUUGGUAUCAUGUCACGUCACGGGCUAUGACGCGGAUGACGUGCAACGGUAAGUAAAUUAGAUGGAGUAUAGUUGCUUUUAUUUGUUUGUUAUAUUUUAUAGUGUUUUGUCUUAUUGUUGUUUUAAUUAAUUAUAUACGUUUACAUCUGGAAAAUGUUUCUUUUUUUUUCCAUAGUACACUACUUUUCCUUAACUUCGUUUACCGGUGACAUUAAAAGUUGUUUAAAAUUUACACGUUUCUUAAGAUAUCUCGAGAUAGAAAAAAGGUAUCGACAUGCGGUUUUCGGUAUUAUGUUGCUAAUUUGGUAUAAUUUUGUAAUAAAGGAUUAAAAAUGCAUACUUAUAUUUAAUAUUCUCCAAAGAAAAAUAGAUUUCCGAAAAUAAUUAAAAAACGCCUACUAGCUGGCAUAUUACUUAUUAGGCUAUUUCGAAAAUGAGACUCUUACAUUGACGAAAAAGAGCUGUUUUCAACAAGACCAAGUAUGCAAAAUUCGAUUUAGUAGAACCGGACUUACAGCCAUUUUUUCACAAGACGGUUCCCACUCACCCCCACCUCUUAUUUGCAAAUGCAGACUUGAACCUAACCUGUGGAAUGAAAUAUGCUCAGAAUUUUAUGAAGAAUACGAUGAUUGGAUUUCCAGUGCCCUUUCAUUAGGUAACUUUUGUAAAAUUUUGAUUUUUUAAUUUUUGAUAUUCAAUUACGCCCUCUAGCGGUGGACCUACAAUUAUGAAAAUAAUUUCCAGGCUUUUCCCGAGGCAACUUUUGUUAUAAAUAUUUGUUUCUCAAAGCUGUACUAUAAACGGUUCCUGAGAUAUGGCCGAGAGCCAUUCUUAUUGGGACACCCGGUACAUAAUAUGUAUCAUAUAUAAGAAAUAAAUAUUUGUAUUGUCCUUGUCACGCCAGUCCUGUGGAGAACGAAUAAUCGGGGUUCUACUGUAUAUCUUUAAACUAGUCAACCCAGAUGAUUUUAUUUUUAAAAUUUUAGGAUUCUACUAAAAGCAUCAAAUUAUUUUAUACAUACAAUUCAUCCAAAAUUGGUUUGUAGCAGCUGGUCUAGGAGGAAUAACUGAGUGAAUAAGUGGUGAUUUUCUGGCUGUGUAAAUGAGCACCUACGACAACAGUAAAAAUCAGCACAAAGUUAAAGACACUUUAAACUUUCAAAAGUAGUUAUAGUACAGGAAAUAAGAUCAGUAGACGUCAAGGCAGUUGUCACCUUCAACAAAGUGUCCAAGAAUGAUAGAAAGCCGAAGAAAAACAGAGACAGUAAUAAAACUAUUUAUAGAUGUAUUUCGUUUGCCGUUGAAGCUUCAGAUGCAUCAAAUAUAAUGUUUCAAAAAGACUAUGAAAAUGGUUAUUCAUUUUUUUAUAAUAUGUUUCAUAUCAAAAAUAUGAUACGGCGUAUACAUUUCGACAUAUUUGUACUAAUAUUAUCAUUCAUAUUACCAUCAUGAUUGUUUUAGUUGAAGAUCUUUUAGCUAAACCGAUGAAAGUUUCUGGAUGUUAUGGUUAUGGUACAUCGGGGUACACCCACUUGUGAGCCCUUCAGAAGUUUCUGGAUACAAUGUGUUGAGAAUAAUAUGCUUUAGUGCCUCUUAGAUUAUAUUUUAUAGCUUUAACCCAAAUUGAGUUUAAAACAUUUGUUCAACAUAUUGUGCCUUAUUCUUUGUUUGUAUGGUCGUAGCAAAAAGAUGAAAUAGUAAGCUAGAAAAGUUAAAACUCGUUCAAAACUCAGGUUCAUUCAUUUUUUUUAUAUUCAGUUACAAUAUCGAGUUAAACUUUUUAUAGUAGUCCGCCAUUUUUGAAUAGAUUCUGCAACGGAAGAGGUUAUUGAUGAGGUUUCUCUUAAAAAUAAAAAUGCAUUUAUAUAAAACAUUAUAAUAGUAAUAAUAAACAUUUUUUUGUUACUAAUAUCCCGAAAUGUUGCGUUCAAUCUUUACUUUUUAGGACUUCGACACACCUGUCAUGCAGCUUUCCGAUUCGACUACGAUCAUACAACCGGACGACUGUAUGACAGUACUGAACAAGGGCGCACUGUACUAUUAUGUUGUGAAUACGGCGGACUAUACCUAUCCAUCGCGUGACCAAUUCUACUCCUACACAUCUCCGAUCAAACUCCGACCUUGCUGACUAUUCGUAUACAUGCUGCGGGACGCUUGUCUUUUAGUGUUUUGCGCGGUAUUGUUUUUUGUCAUUAAUGUCUAACCUAAAAAGUAUCUUAACUAAUACAGUAUUACAAAAUAAUAAUACAGAAUAUUAUCUUACCUUCUAGAGCUCUUCUAAAAUAUGUUUCCUGUCUGGACAAUGGACCGUGAUAGUGUGACGUCAAAAAGGUUUCCAAACAAAACAUACGUUUGACGUCUGUCAAUUGAUUAUACACGUGGUUUGUGUAAUCAUUUUUAAUUUCAUUUUGUUUUAAAAAUCAUCUGCGCAAUUUUUACAAAGACACAAUCAUUGUUAGUCAUAUCAAUCAUAUUGCUUUUAAUUUUAUAAAUGUCCCUACACAAAAUCAAGGAUUUACACACUACAUAGUACUUACUGCGUAAAAAACUUAAAAAACUUGCAAGUUCUCCUCUAUCAGCAUUGAUUACAAUCAUUACCAUUUUGUAAAAAUUAAGUAACCUACGUCCAUAAAGUAACGCAUAAAUUCAUUAUUUCGUAAAUCGGAGACUUUAAGGAAAAAUCCCGAAACAGGUCGAUUUUUAUUUUUAAAUUACGAUUUUUUUGGCAUACAUAGCAUACUAGUGACGUCAUCCAUUUGGGCGUGAUGACGUAAUCGAUGAUUUUUUUAAAUGAGAAUACGGGUCAUGUAAUAGCUCAUUUGAAAGGGUAUGUAAUUAUCUAUUCAAUAAUAUAAACAUUAAUAUAAUUUUUAUACAGGGUGUCCAAAAAAUGUUUUUUUAAAUUAAAUUAAUUGGUACAAAAAGAUGAAUGUAUGUAAUUUGUUUAAUUCUAAAUAUAUUUUAUUGGUACCAGAAAACAUAAAAAGGUUUUAUUUAAAAAAUAAACAUUGAUUUUCGCUCAAGCGUAAUGUUAAACUUCCAAGAGGCAGGUGGGUGGCAGCUCUAACAUUGAAUUUAAGCGAAACGCAAUAUUUAUUAUUUGUCAAAUAAACAUGUAUUCCUGUUUUCUGACAAAAGUAAAACGAAUUUUGAAUUAAAUACAUUCUUCUUUUUGUCUCAAUUAAUUUAAUUAAAAAAAUAUUUUUGGACACCCUGUAUAAAUAAUUAUGUUAUUUUUUGUAUUAGUAAAUAGAGAUACCCUUUCAAUUGAGCUAUCACAUGACCCCUAUUCUCAUUUAAAAAAAUCAUCGAUUACGUUAUCAAGCCUAGAUGGAUGACGUCACUAGUAUUAUAUAUAUGCCAAAAAAUUGUAAUUUGAAAAUAAAAAUCGACCUGUUUCGGAAUUUUUCCUUAUAAGUCGCCGGUUUACGAAAUAAUGAAUUUAUGGGUUACUUUAUGAACGCACUGUAUACAUAUUCCAAUUAUGAAAACCAUAUAAAAACGAAAAUAAAAAUUGGCAAACACCACGUGUGAAUUUUUGACAGAUGUUUGUUGUGUUUGGAAACCUUUCCAGAGUAUCACCUUUUCCUUCAAUUUAAGUUCCAACUCAUGAACGUGUACAUCAGCAUUCUGAAGUAUUGAAAAAAAUUAGUCUUGUCAUCCAACAGUCAAGGUAAAAGGAUAAGAAGCUCGCCUUCUUCUGGAGCAACAAUCAAUGGCAUCACAAUAAACAAUAUAAGGUAUGCAUGUUUACUACAUAUGAACUGCACAAGAUACUUUCUUUGGCUGAUAAAGUUCUAGAAUGUUCAGAACUUGUAGCUGCUGGCUAGUGAACCAGAACAAUACAUUUUUAGCCAAAAAUUCGGAACAUCUUAAGGGGCUAUCCUAGUGUAAAAGUACGAAAUUCAUAUAGUUUUUUUGGGAAUUUCUAAAAUAAAAAGUACUACAUCAAUUAUUUUUAAAAUUUGCACUAGCAUUUAUUAUAAAAAGAAAUACAUGGAAAACAAUUUUCAUAAAAAAAUAUUGAAAAUUAAACGAUUUAUGCGCCAUCGACUGGCACCUUCAAAAUAAAAACAUGGCCCCACUGCUGCAGUGAUUGGGAAUAAUAGAGAUCCUGAAACAUAAAAUUUCAAAGUGAUUAUUGAAACAUAAGUUAUUUCUUAUACCAUCAACUAAGAUUUUUGAAAAAUAUUAAAAUUUGUAAAAAUGACGAAGUGUUGAAAAUUAUUUUUUAAAUUAGCUAAAACAUUUUUAGUUUCAAAAACCGCCAAAUUGACAUUUUUUAUCGGAUCAAAAAAUCCCUAGUUGAUGGUAUAGAAAAUAACUUAUACUCCAAUAAUAUCUUUGAAAUUUUAUGUUUCAGGAUCUCUAUUAGUCCCGAUCAGUGCAGCAGUGGAGCUAUGUUUUUAUUUUCACGGUGCCAGUAUAUGGCGCAUAAAUCGUUUAGUUUUUAAUAUUUUUUUAUGAAAAUUGUUUUACGUAUACUUCUAUUUAUAAUAAAUAUUCAUGCAAACUUUCAAAACGAUUGGUACAGUACUUUUUAUUUUAGAAAUUCCCAAAAAUGUAUAUGAAAUUCGCACUUUUACACUAGGAUAGCCCCUUAAGAUGUCUUAAAUAAUACGACUAGAAAAGUUAUAAUUCAUAAUUUGUGUACGGUACAUUUGACCUACCCUGUUCUCAGUAUAAUUUUCCAACAGUUUUUCGAUAAUGUCAAAUAUUUUGAUCAUAACAAAAAUAUUGUCUUGUUAAUGUAUAAAAAAAAGGUCUUCAAAAAAGCAAUUGGACUUCGUAAGUCCUAGGUUUUCACCUAAGUUAAUAUUUGAACUCUUCGUGUAACUUUUCGUCGAUUGAUUUACGAUUUCACUAAUUUUUAGUCAUUUUUAUCAAAUUUCCGGUCAUAACUUUUUAACCGAAAGUAUGUAUACAGGGUGAGGCAGAUAAAAGGCCUAUUAGAAAUCUCUCGAGAACUAAAGGUAAGAGAAUCAUGAAAAUCGGAAUGCAGGGGUUUUGAGGUAUGAACUAUUUAAUGAAAAUAUUUUGGUCUCUUUGCUACUUCCGGUUACACCGGAAGUUAAUUGUAACUUCGUUUUUUUAAAUAGGACACCCUGUAUAUUUUUACAUUUUUGAAUUUUACUCGAUGUCUUUUUUCUUAAAAUAUGAGGUUUUGUAAUAUUAUACAGGUAGUUUAAAAGAUAAUUACGUUUUUUUAUAAAUUUUGUAGCAAACUUCAUAUCCUGUAGAAUUGUACUGAUUUGAUUGACAAAAACUCCAUUUAUCCUCAGAUGCUUUCCAAUAUAGUCUAUAAUUAUUGAAAAUUAAUAAUAUACGCUGUGAGCUCGUACGUAGAGGGGAUAUUUAUAAAUUCGUGAGCGCCAGUAGUGACAAGUCUGUAAACGUUUACCGGAAAUUUGACAUAAAUGUCAAAGUGAUUAAUUUUAAAUUAAAAUUAAAAACAUUAAUUAUAAAAAAUAUUAGUUGAUCAAAGCUGUGGUUUAUAUUUUUACCUUAAAUAUAUUUACGUUUUAAAUACUGAAUUUGCGUUUUUUAAUGUUCUGUAAUAUGUAAUUAUAAAUUAAUCUUGGCGCCAUCUACAUGAUAAUUGUGAAAGUAUCCGAAGUAAGAAAUUAAUAUUUCAUCAAUAGAACGUCAAAAUGAUUAGCAAAAUCUUAAAAAAAUCUAUUACAAUUUAAUUACUUUUUAGCGUUGUAAAUAUUAAGCGAUAACAAUUAAAUAAUAAAUUUAAAAAUUACCGGUGAAAGUUGAAUUAGUAACCGCUAGGAGCGACACCAGCGAAGCUCAGAGCGUAUAGCGAAAUGUUUAAUUUUAGGAUACAGGGUUGGUCGAAACUCGGAGUGAGUAUUUUCUGAGUUUUCUUAAACACCCUGUAUUUUUGUAUUGUAAUGAAAUGAUAUUUUAUAGUACUUUUUUAUUUAUUAAGCAUUCCCUAUACCUAACUGCUUUAAUUUGUAAGUUAUUCGUAGUUCUUUAAGCCAAACAUUCAUUGCAAAAAAAUUACGUGAAAUUUUAUUAGGUGUGCCGUGAAAAUAUUCAAUCAUAAAUAAUUUUUCGAAAAUAAACACAUAUUAUUAAUCUCGACUGACCCUUAAUUUAUUAAUACUGGUUGAUAUAUCAAAAUACUUACGCAGUUAAGAUUGUUGGUGUGUUUAAUAUUAAUAAAAACAUAAAAUAUCCUAUGUACUUGGCUAUAACUUUGAAUCUGCUUAAACAUUUGCUUUGCUUAAUCAUUUUACUUUUUUGAAGUUCUAUUUGCUUUCCUACAAUUACUAAUAUGAAUUUUUCGAAUGAUGAACUGAUUCAGAUGUUUUUUUGUUCUAGGAGAGUAUAACAAUUAAAAAUGUGCUACUAGCAAUCAGAAUAUAUCAUCAGCAAUUCCAUGAUAGAUGACAACCAAAAAGAGGAACUUUUUAAAAUUUACUAGAGCGGUUUCAACGAACUGGACAUUUAGGUAGAUUACGAGAAAUCUGAUCGAACAAAAACUAUUGUAAAUGAUUAAAAUGAAUUAAAUGUUAGUGUUACUGAGAAUCUGCAUAUUAGUAUAAACGUUCUCGUAAUCUAAGUGUCUAGUACGUCAAAACUAUUCUAGUAAACUUUUAAAAGUUUCUCUUCUUGACUGUCGUCUAUCAGGGAGUUGCAGAUGAUAAAUUCUUAUUGCAAGUAGUACAUUUUUGUUAUAUUCUUCUAGAAAAAAAACUUUACUAAUCAUUUCCCCAUUACAAAAAUAUAUGUUAGCAAAGCAACUGGAACUAUAAAAAUAAUAUAAUGUCUAACGUUUAAUCAAGUUUAGUGUCAAAGCCAUAGCCAACUAGGUAGAUGGUUUGUUUUUAUUGAUAUUUUAUGCAUCAUACCAACAAUCUUAACAACGUAUUCAUUUUGGUAUUUUUUCCAAUAUUAAUAAAUUAAGGAUCAUUAUAGAUUAACAUGUAUUUAUUUUCAAAACAUUAUUAAUGAUUGAAUAUUUUCACGGCAAACCUAAUAAAAUUUCACGCAAUUUUUGUUGCUAUUAAUGUUUGGCUUAAAAAAACACGAAUAACUUACAAAUUAAAGCAGUUAGGUAUAGGGAAUGCUUAAGAAAUAAAAAAGUACUAUAAAAUAUCAUUUCAUUACAAUACUUAAAUACAGGGUGUUCCAUUUAAGAAAACUGAGAUAAUACUCAUUCCGAGUUUCGGCCAACCCUGUAUACUAAAAUUAAACAUUUCUCUAUAUUAAUAAUUUUUAAUAAUAAUAGACUAUAUUAAAAAUCACUUGAACAUAAAUGAAGUUUUUGAUAUCAAAUCAGUACAAUUCUACAGGUUGUGAAGUUUGCUACAAAAUUUAUAAAAAAUCGUAAUUAUCUUUUAAACUACCCUGUAUAAUAUUACAAAACCUCAUAUUUUAAGACAGAAGACAUCGAGCAGAAUCCAAAAAUGUAAAAAUAUACAGGGUGUCCUGUUUAAAAAAACAAAGCUACAAUUAACUUCCGGUAUAACCGGAAGUAGCAAAAAAACCAAAAUAUUUUCAUUAAAUAGUUUAUACCUCAAAAUUCAAGUAUUCCAAUUUUCAUUAUUUUUUUACCUUUAGUUUUCGAGAUAUUUCUAAUAGGCCCUUUAUCUGCCUCACCCUAUAUAUAACAAAUUUUGUUCUCGCCUUGCUAAGGCGCGGCGAAUAGUAUAUCGCUUAUACUAUUUGGGCGACUUAAAAACAGUCCUUCCGGUUGUAACUCCGGAACAGGAAGUCCUAGGCCAAAUAUCUCACCUUUAAUAGAAUCUUAGGGUUAUAAGUUCUCAUUAGACACCGCAUUUGUCAUUGUAUUUGUUCUAAUAACGGAUGAGUUGUGUUCAUGGACAGACAGACAUAAAUAAUUCAACGCUUUCACUAUUUCUUUUUAAUGCAAAAUGACUGAAAACAAUAACGAUUGUUGUACAUAUCACUAGGUGUUGUGAAUUGUGUGAUGCAAAAUAUUAAAUGGUUCUUAAUGUUGUUCUGAAGAUAUUUUUAUAGUAUUUUGUAUUUUGACAACGAAACCCGAUUUGGGCUUCGAAACGUUAAUAAAAUCAUUUUUUUGGUAAAAUUGUGGCUUAUUUCCCAUUAAAAGUAAUUGAUUAAAUGGUUCUGUUAAAAGCUAAUUUUUUUAUAAAUAUAGACGUUGUCUUCUAAAAUAUUUCUGCCAAUUCGUUGUUUUAAACGAUUAAAAACUUGCUUACUAGUAUUUUACUUACGUUAACAAAUAUUUCUAAAAUGGCUGGCUAUUAUGAACAUAAUUUAACUUUUCGCCGGUAGUUAUCUAGAAAACAUUUGAACUACCACACAUACAGUGGACGGCUAAAUUAUGGAAUAUUAUCAUUAUUUCGAGAACCGUCGAGUUUUGAGGGUAAUCCCGAAACAGGUCGAUUUUUGUUAUAAAAUACCCAUCUUAUAACGUACAUGGAGUAAGGAUGACGUCACCGGUGUGGGUGUAGUGGACGCCCAGCGUUUGGAAUAUGUUUAACGUGCCCAGUUUCUCCAAAUUUUCGGACUAUUUUACUUACUGUUGAUUGGCUGAUGGGUCUGUCUGGAUAUUUUGCGUUGAAUAAAUUGCAUACCUCGUUCUGUGUUCUUUUUUUAUCUCCACAUCCGCUAAGAAUGAAUAUUUCUAUGCGUUGUGUUUCAUUUAGGUGAGCCAUAUUUUAGUAUUCAAAAGUAAAAAUUACAAUUGACAACUGAUGACAAUUCACAAAAUCAAAAAAUAUUUACGACAAUAAAUAUUACAGUAACUAUGCCAAUAUCACUUGCUUGAAUUAACAUUUGACAAAAAGUUUCAAUGUUUAUGAGAUAACUUUUUGUGUCCAUUAUUAUUUUUACUUAUUUUUGCUUUUAUAAGUAUUUAUUUCAGAAAGUCAUGGCAGGAACCGAUGGAUGGCAUUUGAAACAUUUAAUUUAAAAUAAUUAUUAUGCAUAAUUUGGUUACUUUAAAGGAUGUUAUGAAUUAAAUCAUUAGUUAUAAUUUGGUUGAAUUUAAAUAAAAAAAAUGUUUUUGUACCCUUAAAAAAAUAUUUUAGUUACAAAUGUAAUGUCGUUAAAUAGAGAAUUAAAUUCUCCUUCAAAUAAGGGGUCGCAUUAUACCCAUUUCUAUUUAAAAAAAUUAACGAUUACGUCACUACACCCACACCGGUGACGUCAUCCUUACUCCAUGUACGUUAUAAGAUGGGUAUUUUAUAACAAAAAUCGACCUGUUUCGGGAUUACCCUCAAAACUCGACGGUUCUCGAAAUAAUGAUAAUAUUCCAUAAUUUAGCCGUUCACUGUAUAAAUAGUUAUUCAUUAAAUACUUCUCCUCUAUUAUCUACUAGAUAGAUAUUUCAUUACUGAUAGUGUAAAUGUUUCAACCCAAUUUUUAAUCAAAAUUACGUGCAAUAUUUUUGCUAAUUUUAAGUAUACAAACAUGAGAUUUGAAAUAUGUUGGUGUUUUAAUGCAACAAUAAGUUUUUAAAUAGUUUUAAUGUUGUUUCAACUGUUGGUUGACUGGUAAUAUGUAACAAAUAACUCAAAAAGUUUUAAAAUAAUUAAAAUGUGAUUAACGCUAAAUUUGGUUUUUUAUUUUGCUUUUUAUUUAACAUGUUAUCUCUUCUUCUUCCCCUUUAUAAGCAAUUCUUCUUGUUAAUUGGCAGGUUGAUACCUCUAUGGAAGGUUGUCACUCUACCUUUUACGCGAUCAUCCGAUACUUGUACCUAUUGGUGAUUUAUCUCUUAUUAUUUUAAUCACACGGGUCUCCCGCAUUCUGUUUAUGUGGUUAUUUCAUUCUUUUUUUUUUCUGUUUAGUGUUUAUUCAUUACAUUUUCUUCUAAUGUCUUCGCUUCUCUUACGAUCAGCGUAAAAAACACAUGUUUCUUUCGGUUAAAACACAUAUUAAGUUACAAAACCUUCUAUUUUCUUUGUUUCUAAAGAUAUCAGAGAAAUUAAGGAAACAAAAUGUUCACAAAACAUAAGACUACAAUAUGAUUCCGAUGUAUACUGAGAUUUUUACUUCGUCCUCCCUACAGGGUGUCUCAAAUUUAACAUAAGAAAAACAUUUAUUUUCUUCCACCCGGUAUAGGCACAAAAAGAAGUUUGAGUAAACAUUUGCAUAACUGUCUAACUAAAUAAUAAAGAAAAAUCUAAAAUAAUAAAAAAAAUAGCGGAAUCCGUUAAUCUGUUCACGAAACUAAAAAUCAACUAUGAAAAUGAGUAUAAUUUUGUGUAUCAUUAACUUAUGCCUCGCAGAUUUUCAUAAAGAAAUUAAGAUUUUCAUUUUGUCAUCGUUUUGCUGCAAACUGUCGAGUUGUUUUGUUAUUUUUUUACAUAUAAAUAUAACUUAAUGCAUUUAGUUUUGAAAUUAUUUAAUGAUGCUAUUGUUGUAUUGCAAACUCCGUCCCCAACUUAUAUUUGGGUAGUAUUUAUUACUUUGUUAACAUUGUAAAUUAUGUCGAGUGAUAUUAUUUUAGUAUUACUGGUUGUAUAUAUCAUUGGGUUUACUUAUAUUAUUCAAAGACCAAUUUUUGGUACUUCUUACUGUACUUAAUGAGAUGUAAUAUAUCGCGAAUGGGUAUUAUUUUCGAAUGAAAUAUUAAGAAUGAUGGGAUUAGUUGUUAUGUAGAUAAUUAUCUCCUUAUUUCUUUUAAUAAAAAUAAUAUCUAUC